AUUAAUUAUUACAUAUAUCACAAAUGUUAAUAAACACACACACACACACUGUUAUUUUUUUAUAAUCUUCAAAACAUAUAUUCAUUAAAUUUUACAGGUAAACUGUAUUUUUAUACAAAAAAUGUCCAAAAGAAAAUCAUUUAACAACUUGUCCAAGAGUCAAAAAAAUAGAAGAAUAAAAAAAGGGUAUGACUCAUUAUUGGAGAUGCCUGGUGGUCCAAGUUGUGACGCUGAAAAAAUAACUGUGAAGAAGGUGAUAAAAUCAGAAACUGAUGGGGAAUAUGCGGAUAAUGUGAAAUCAUUAAAUAAUUUACAAGCCACUCCAAUAAGUGAAAAUUAUUGUCAUGUAGUCAGCUCAGUGGAAUCAGAUGUUAAUGAAGAAACUUCAACAGAAAAUAAUACUUCAACAGAUAAUGAAUUGUAUGACAUUCCAGAAAGUGAGAAAACAGUUGACUGGAAAGAACAGAUGGCACAAUGGAUUUGCCAUAAUAAUGUAACUCAUACAGCAGCAAGAGCUUUAUUAAAGAUUCUUCGUAAUAAUGUUCAAUCAGUUCAGCAGUUAAGAGAACUUCCAAAAGAUCCACAAACUUUACUCAAUACACCUAGGAGUACUGUGAUUCGUUCCGUUCCACCUGGAGAAUAUUUCCAUUAUGGCUUACAAAAAGGAUUAAUUGAUCAACUAAAAACAGUUGGCGUCAAUAAAAUCUCUGAAAAUAUCCAAAUAAACAGAUGGAUGCACCAUUACGCACAGAUGACAAUUUUCUACAACGAGUAA